AUGCUUGAUGUAAAAACUGGUACUGCUUUUUAUUUUUUUGUUGUUGCUAUCAAAUCAUUAGAGCUAAAUGGACAUAUGCAUUCAGUAAGACCUUAAGCUUUUGAGGUUGAUUCAAAUUCAAGAGUCUAUAUUGCCCUAGAUCUUUUUUCAUCAGAUACAACUUCAUUCUUAUUAAUUGAUUAAAAUCUUGGAUCUAUUAUUAAUAAAGUUUCAUUUCAAAUACAAACUAUCAGGAGUUUGCUUUUUGAUAAUUCUAAUUAAAAUCUAUACUUUGCUGGUAGUACAUUAAAUUAGGAGAACUAUAAAUAUGUGUUGGGUAAAUUUGAUAAUGAACUUUCUAGUCAUUAUGCCCAAGAAUUUACUCUUAAUGGGGAUUCAAAGUACUAUUAUGAUUCUACCGUAUAGUUAAUGGAAUUUAGUAAAGAUGGAAAAUACUUGAGCGGGUGUACUUCUAGAGAUACCACCACUAUAAAUAAACCAUCUUCACUUGGAAUUUUCAACCUUGAUUCAAUUAAUUUUGAAAUUCUUACUAGUUAUGUAUUUUUCUCAGAUGUUAGUCAAUAUUAGUGCAUGAUGGCAUAUUUCAAUGAAAACGGUGAUCUUUUUACAUACGUAACUUAUAAGAUGUAAGAGCUUCUAUUCAAAGUUAUCCAAGUUAAGAGAUUUACAAAUGCACUGAUUCAACCAAAAUAAGCAUAAAUUUUUAACUUCAUGAACAACUAAUCAAUGGUAAAAUUCUAACCUGUUAUGAAGGAUUUAAUUGCUCAAAUAUAACCCUUAUUUAGCUAAGAUGUACCUUAUUUCUAAUGGUAUUUAUCGUUUGAUGAGAUAAAUGUGAUAAUAGUGACUGUCUAGCCUAUAAAAGCAUUGAUAGAUUACGGUUAUGUAGAGAUAAAAGAAACAUUGUUUCAAAAAAUUUCAGUACUAGUCGAAUGA